AUAUUCUCGCUGUUCUUUUCACACGGACCCUCGUUUCUUCUCGCCUUCUCGGGAGCAAAACGUCGGACACCUGCCGCCAUCGCCACCUCCAUGAGAAAGCCCCUCAAGCUUCUGCCCAACUGCCUUCUCCUCUACCGACACACCAGACCCUACACCCCAACCGCGGCCAACCCCGUCCCGGCCGCCUCCGCCGUCCUCCGUGACCUCGAUCUCCUGGACGCCGGCGAGCUCGCCCCGACCCCGCGCGUGUACCACUCGUUCAUAACCGCCUGCGCGCAAUCCAAGAACCUCGAGGAUGCCAGGAAGAUCCACGCGCACCUGGCCAGCUCCCGUUUCGCGGGCGACGCCUUCCUCGACAACUCGCUCAUCCACCUCUACUGCAAGUGCGGCAGCGUGCUGGAAGCGCGGAAGGUGUUCGACGAAAUGCGGAGGAAAGACAUGGUCUCCUGGACCUCGCUCAUUGCCGGGUUCGCGCAGAACGACAUGCCGGCGGAGGCCAUCGGGCUGCUCCCUGGCAUGCUGAAGGGGCGCUUCAAGCCGAACGGGUUCACGUUCGCCAGCCUCCUCAAGGCUGCCAGCGCUUAUGCUGACAGCGGCAUCGGGAGGCAGAUCCAUGCUCUCGCUGUGAAGUGUGGUUGGCAUGAGGACGUCUAUGUUGGGAGCGCGCUUCUCGACAUGUAUGCGCGGUGUGGGAAGAUGGACAUGGCCACCGCAGUGUUUGACAAACUUGACUCGAAGAAUGGGGUUUCCUGGAACGCAUUGAUUUCCGGGUUUGCGAGGAAGGGUGAUGGAGAGACUGCUCUGAUGGCCUUUGCAGAGAUGCUGAGAAGUGGGUUUGAGGCGACACAUUUUACAUACUCCAGUGUCUUCAGUUCUAUCGCUCGUUUAGGUGCUCUUGAGCAGGGGAAGUGGGUGCAUGCACAUGUGAUUAAGUCUCGGCAGAAACUGACUGCAUUUGUUGGAAAUACAUUGCUUGACAUGUAUGCAAAAUCAGGGAGCAUGAUCGAUGCGAGAAAGGUGUUUGACCGUGUGGAUAAUAAGGAUCUAGUUACUUGGAACACAAUGCUCACAGCAUUUGCACAAUAUGGACUGGGGAAGGAGGCAGUCUCCCAUUUCGAGGAGAUGAGGAAAUCUGGCGUUUACCUGAAUCAGAUCACCUUCCUUUGCAUUUUGACUGCCUGUAGCCAUGGAGGACUGGUGAAGGAGGGCAAGCGUUACUUUGAAAUGAUGAAGGAGUACGAUUUAGAACCGGAGAUUGAUCAUUAUGUUACGGUUGUUGCUCUUCUCGGCCGAGCUGGUUUACUAAAUUAUGCUCUGGUCUUUAUAUUUAAAAUGCCCAUGGAGCCAACUGCUGCAGUUUGGGGAGCCUUGCUUGCGGCCUGCAGAAUGCAUAGGAAUGCUAAAGUAGGGCAAUUUGCAGCUGAUCAUGUCUUUGAACUUGACCCAGAUGAUACUGGUCCACCUGUCCUGUUGUAUAACAUAUAUGCUUCCACGGGCCAAUGGGAUGCUGCUGCUAGAGUGAGGAGAAUGAUGAAGACAACUGGUGUGAAGAAGGAACCUGCAUGCAGUUGGGUUGAGUUAGAGAACUCUGUGCACAUGUUUGUGGCAAAUGAUGAUACUCAUCCACGAGCGGAAGAGAUAUAUAAGACGUGGGGUGAGAUAAGCAAGAAGAUUAGGAAAGAAGGAUAUGUUCCUGAUAUGGAUUAUGUGCUUCUGCGUGUAGAUGAUCAAGAGAGGGAGGCAAACCUACAGUACCACAGCGAGAAGCUCGCGCUUGCAUUCGCACUGAUCGAAAUGCCUGCAGGGGCAACAAUUCGUAUAAUGAAGAAUAUUAGGAUAUGUGGGGAUUGCCACUCUGCAUUCAAAUACAUCUCGAAAGCUUUUGGAAGGGAGGUUGUUGUGAGGGACACAAAUAGAUUUCACCAUUUCAGUAAUGGAUCUUGUUCCUGUGGAGAUUACUGGUGAUUCUGCCAAGCUGUAGUGCGUUUAUGAAUCUACAAGGCCAUAGGCAGUGGCGGAGCUUCACUAGGGCCAAGGGGGGCUAUGGCCCCCCUACCCUAGAGAAAGUAUAUGAAAUACCAUUAAUUGGUAAGCUAAAAUUUUAAAAAUGAUCAUAGUUUAAGCAGAAUAUGUCCUUUUGCCCCCCCAUAACUCGGCUUUGCCCCCUCAACAAUCUCUGUCAAGCUCCGCCACUGGCCAUAGGUUGAUUCAGUAACAGCCAACAGGGACCUUUUUAUGGACUGAUAAAGGGCAAACUAUUUCUGCUUGAUUGUCUCUGUUGACAGGGCAAACAGCACGCUCCGGCCCUGAAGAUCAUUUGACAUCCGUCAUGAGGGAUGGACUCCAGAAGACAUGUGCUUUCAUCCUUCUAGCGCAAUCGAUAAAAUUUCAUGGGUUGCUGAAACAGCAUCAUUGUCUGCGUGAUUUCUGGGAGGAAAGUAGACCUGCAUUUGGAGGCACAAUCUCCGACUGGAAACACACUUCAGAUGGCUUUAUUUUCCAGGGUAUAUCGGGUUCAGCUCAGAGCUCACAAAGCGCAAUGCACGGUGAUUUUGCUAACCAUUGCCCUCUGGGACUGAUGAUGGCUCUUUUUUAGUCACUACUCCACAAAAUAUGUCCCUUUUGGAACUGCCAGAAGCCUCUGGGAAUAUGCGUGGUUGUUCUGCUCGGCUACUGGAGGUGAUUGUCCAACAAAGGAAUGCACUUGAUUCAGUGUGGCGACAGUGACAGAUCGGUUUACUCUUCCUUGGUUGAGGAGAUAAAGCUACUCCUAAACCUACGCAGAACUAGUAUUUUACUGACGUUAGACGCUCACAACAUAAGGUUAGCAAUUGUUUUGCUAUCUUUGAUCGUGUGGAAGGCAGAACUAUGACUUGGCUAGGGUCUGGCCGUCCUUGUGAGGUGAUUGAGUUCAACAAUGUUGAUUGUAAUCCUCUUCUGGUUGAGUAAUACAAGUGUUUUACUCGGAAAAAAAAAGAUCAUGAUUACAAUGAUAUUGGGGGAGGUUUUA